GAAAGGUGGACAUUGGCUCUCUCCGCAAAGAUUCCUGAGAUAUCAAGCUAUAUUGGUAGAGCAGGAUGAUGUGGAGAUUGUAGUCACUAACAUUGUCAACCCAGCUUCUUUUCUCAGCGGGAACACAGGAGAACCGGUACAUCAUGACUGUUUGGAAACCAUCGAAGCAACAUACACCAGUCGCCCAGACCUGAAAGACAGCCCCAUGGAAAACGGGGAAACUUGGUUCACAGACGGAAGCAGUUAUGUCCUAAAUGGUAAUCGACAUGCGGGAUACGCCGUCACCACCAGCCAAGAGGUAAUAGAAUCAGGGGCUUUGCCUAUGAACACCUCCGCACAGAAGGCAGAAAUAAUUGCUCUAACCCGCGCCCUGGAAUUGGCCCAGGGCAAAGUUGUGAACAUUUAUACAGACUCAAAAUAUGCCUUUGGAGUUGUACACGCACAUGGAGCAAUUUGGAAGGAGAGAGGACUAUUGAGUUCUCAAGGGAAAAAUAUCAAACACGCAGAAGAAAUUCUGAAGUUACUGGAAGCUGUCCAGCUCCCUAAGAAAGUAGCAAUUAUGCAUAUUAAGGCACACCAGAAAGUGAGCUCAGAUUUGGAAAGAGGGAAUGAGCUGGCGGACAGAGAGGCAAAACAAGUGGCCAAAACAAAGGUAAAAACAGAAGGGGCCUUAAUACCUGAUAGGCAGAUUUCCCUAGAAGGUAAGCCAGAAUACACCAAGGAAGAUCAGAAGCUCAUUACAGAUUUAGAAGGGUCAUAUAAUGAAGAGGGGUGGGCUCAUACCCCACAAGGAAAGCUAAUCGUUCCCUCUUGCUUAUUAUGGCAUUUGAUACGGGAGGAACAUAGGAAAAGACAUUGGGGAACAGAAGCUCUGUAUAAUCAUUUGAUAAGAGAAAUUGUGGCUAGAAAUUUAUACACCACGGUGAGACAGGUGACUCAACAGUGUGAUCUUUGCCUCCAGACUAAUCCUAAGAAUACCCCCAAGCCGGAAAUGGGCCAGAUUGGAAAAGGGAACGGGCCUGGACAACAAUGGCAAAUUGAUUUUACAGAACUUCCAAGAAAAGGGGGGUAUCGAUAUUUAUUGGUAUUAACUGAUACCUUUUCAGGUUGGCCAGAAGCAUUCCCAACAAGAACGGCUAAAGCUCGGGAGGUAACUAAAAUAUUGGUGCAAGAGAUAAUACCACGGUUUGGGGUUCCAGCAACCAUAUCCUCUGACAGAGGACCACAUUUUGUCUCAAAAAUAGUACAACAAAUUAGCCACCAUUUGGGUAUAGAUUGGCAGCUUCAUACUCCAUAUCACCCCCAGUCGAGUGGAACAUACCAGGUCACAUGA